AUGUCCUCCUCGACCACCACCACCACCACCUUCUUCCGCAGCUCGGGCCUCGCGUCUAACGCGUGUUCUCAUCCUCACGCCCGCCUUCAUCGUCCCUCGCCCUCCUCCCAAACGCAGUUCGGUCUGCAACCAUCUUCUCACCGGAAAGAUCAGUCUGCGCAGAACGCGGGUCCAAGUGGAUCCGUGCACUACGCGCCAGGCGGGGCGCACGCUCCCCGGGGUCAGCCGGGAUCGGCCGCGGCCGCUGUGGGUGAUGCGCGCUCGCUGUCGGCCGUGGUGUCAGCAUCCCAGCCGUGCAAGAUCGGUUGUCCCGUCGGGCGCUCGCACGCCCCCGCCCACGUGCCUUCGAAUGGAAAUUCGGGGCCGCCCAUCGGCCGCGCCACCAUCAGUCCGCGCGCCCGGAGGGGCCUGGUUGCGCGUGCCGCCGGACGCCGAGGAUGGACCGCGUCGCCUCCCCGCCGUUCCGCUCCCGGGUCCGCGCGCGCCUGGUGGUCCCAGUCCGCCCAAGCCAAGUGA